AUGACAAUGACCCAGACAUACUCUCCGGUCUCCGACUCAAAAGUACAGAACAUACUGAAGCUAAUCCAAGGAGCCACAAGAUCAAAGAACGUUAGAAAAGGCAUAAAUGAGUCGACAAAGUGUCUUAAUAAGGGGACCGCCCUCCUUGUUGUCAUAGCAUGUGAUGCAGAGCCGCAGGAAAUAACGGCCUUUCUGCCCAUAAUAUGUGAAGAUAAGGGUGUUCCCUUUGUUCACAUUCCUUCCAAGAGUGCCCUGGGUGUAGCAUGCGGAAUCCAUAGGCCAAUUGCUGCAUGCACCAUUUACUUGCCAAAGGGAUCCGAGUCCUUGCGUCUAGAGGAGAAAAUUAAAGAGGCUCUCCAGUAG